AUCGACCGAUGGACCCGGGAGCCAAUAGGAAUAGCCGAUCCCGCGAGGACGGGAAUGGGGAGGAGGAGCUGGCGAAAGCUGGAGGUGGGACUAGCCCCCACGGAGGCGUGGUCACAGGCACUUGCAGUUUCAAGGACCGGUGCGUGUCCAUCCUGUGCUGCAAAUUCUGUAAACAAGUGCUCAGCUCUCGGGGCAUGAAGGCGGUGUUGCUGGCUGACACCGAAAUAGACCUUUUCUCUACAGACAUCCCUCCUACCAACGCAGUCGACUUCAUUGGAAGAUGUUAUUUCACUGAAAUCUGCAAAUGUAAACUGAAGGACAUCGCAUGUUUAAAAUGUGGGAACAUUGUAGGUUAUCAUGUGAUUGUUCCGUGUUGUUCCUGCCUUCUUUCCUGCAACAAUGGGCACUUCUGGAUGUUUCACAGCCAGGCAGUUUAUGAUAUCAACAGACUAGACUCUACUGGUGUAAACUUCCUACUUUGGGGCAACCUGCCAGAGAUAGAGGAGAGCACAGAUGAAGACACAUUAGAUAUCUCAGCAGAGGAAUGUAUUCGAUGAUUGGGAUUAUGAUAUGUAUGAUAUUCAGACUCUUUCCUAUUUAAAAUACACAGUAAUGGAUCAACUGUAAAAGUAUUAGUAAGGAUUUACUACCAGUUUCUCUUUUGGGGAGGGCAAAUGGGACAUUUAUUGAUUUAUUUAUUUGCUAUCUCAGAUUUGUUACAUGAAUUUAAUUUGAGCCAUUUUUAGUUCUUUCCUUCUACUGAUUCCUCUUCCUCUCUUCACCCCUCCACGUGGUAAAGGUGUAUUCUAGAAUUCAGAUUGGAGAAGGUCAUUUCGUGUGUCACUCAACUACCUCACAAUCUUGGGGGGGGGGUUUCAUGCAACUACUAGAUACAGGAUACCAUUGAUUUUACAUUCUUGAAUAAGAGGCAUUAGUACGUAUAUGUGUGUGUAUGUCAACCAAACAUAUAUCCAUGCGUAUAACCAUGCAUACAUAUGACAAGCUCAACUGGGGAUUAAAGUUUAACAGGAAAUUUUUUUAACCAAGCUGUUGAGUUUCCAUAGGUACUGGUUAUCCUGCAUUAUGUUGGUGAAAACUCCUUAAAAUGGAGCAAGACUUUGUGAAUCAGCAAAUGGAAUAAGUUGAAAGUUUAAAAUGUUUGGAGAAAUUCUCCUAAUCCUUGGCACAAUGUUAGGUAAAUGAAUUUGUCACAAAAUUAUCAAUAUAUACUGUUUGCCAACAUUAUUUAUUUACAUUUUUCUAAAGUCCUCUGGUUAUUAUGUCAUGAAAGCAGAUCCAACUUGAAGUUAUUCUAUUCCUUAGGACUUUCUCUGUAAAUAGCAAAAUAAAUGAGUAGUCUCAGUUCCAACCCUUGAAUAGGAAAAAACUAAAGAAGUGUUUUUGCUUAAAAAAAAAACAAAAAUAAUAAAAAAAGAAGUGUUUUUGCUUAAGCCAUUGUACACUAUAAAGAGAGUUUUGUUUUUGUUUUAAACUGCAUUCAGAGCCACACAGGAAUAGGAAAUGGGACAGUGCUGGAUUGUGGUUUUAGGUAUAGCUAAAAUCAGUAUAUUGCCUUUGUAAUACCUUGGCCAUAGGCAUUUUGUUGAUAGUGAUACCAAAACAGACUUGAGUCACGGUU